AAGCAAUUUAUAUUUUUUUAAAUAGCAAUUAAUUAUUGCUAUAAGCAAAUUUCGAAGGUUGACUAUUAACCCAAGCGCACGUCGUUCCGGAUUUUUAAAAUAUUUUCAUCGAAAAGUCCAAGCAUCCGACGGCACAGAUUGCGUUGACCGUGGUGAUUGUCACGUGAUUUAAUCCUAGCCGUUGGAUCGUCGCCUAGCCGUUUCUGUUCUCGGCUAUAUGUAAAGCGCAACCGGUGUGAAGAGAGAGAGAGAGAGAGAGAGAGAGAGAGGGGAGGAUACAUACCGGGGAGGAGGGGGUGAUUGGACACGUGGAGCGUCGAUGACCGUCGAUCUGAUGGGGUACGCGAAGAUGGACGAGCAGAUGGCGAUCCAGGAGGCGGCGGCGGCGGGUCUACGGAGCCUGGAGCGCCUGGUGCACCAGCUGUCGCGGCGGGGGCCGUCGGAGCCGUUCGAUUGCAAGGAGAUCGCCGAUCAGACGGUGUCCAAGUUCCGGAAGGUGAUCUCCAUCCUGGACCGGACCGGCCACGCCCGGUUCCGCCGCGGACCGGUCCCGGUCCGGGUCCCGGUCCAGCAGCAAACCCUGGACGAGCCUCGAUCCCAAUCCCAACCGCAACCACAAACCCCAACCCUAGCUCCGCCCCCGUCGAUCGCUCCUCCCCCUCCGCCUCCGCCGCCGCCGCCGCCGCAAACCCUAACCCUAGAUUUCACGAAACCGAGCCCCGCCGCGGCGAGGAGUGGCCACGCGAAGGAGGGGUUCAGCAUCUCGGCGCCGAUUUCGUCGGCGACCUCCUCGUUCUUCUCCUCGCUCAGCGCCGGCGACCCCAGCGUCACCAAAGGGAACGGGAACCCCCCCCUCGGCGCCGCCGCCGCCGCCGCCGCCGGAAAACCGCCUCCGCCGCCGCCGCCGUACAAGAGGAAGUGCCCCGACCACUCCGCCGCCGCCUCCGCGGGGGCGACGAAGCCCUCCGCCUCCGCAUCCCGAUGCCACUGCUCCAAUAAAAGGAAAAAUCGGGUAAAGAAGACGAUACGCGUGCCCGUGACGAGCUCCAAAAUUUCGGAUAUACCCCCCGACGAGUACUCGUGGCGCAAGUACGGUCAAAAGCCGAUCAAGGGAUCCCCUCACCCGCGGAACUACUACAAGUGCAGCAGCGUGCGGGGGUGCCCGGCGCGGAAGCACGUGGAGAGGGCGAUGGACGAUCCGACGGUGCUCGUCGUCACGUACGAGUGGGAGCACCGCCACACGCCGAACCCCGCCGCGCCGGCGCAGUCUCAGCCGUCCAUCCCCUGAUCGACGGUCCACCACGAUUGAUUCUCAUGGAGCUGCACCGGCGCAGCAACCUCGGCCGUUCAUCUCGUGAUCGACGACCACCACGACAAAGACGACGAUGUAACUGCUAUUUUAAAACUAAUGUUUUUUUUUUCUUUUUUCACUUUUCUGGUGCUAAUUCGGUGUAAUUAAACUGAAAUUCGAGGGGUAAGAAGGUAAAUUAGAGCGAUCAA